GCGGAGUGGCACUCGCGCACGACUCUGCGUUUUUACCAGUCCAGCGAGUUGGGGCCCCUCUUGUCUCCCGCUGCAGCAGAGGGGGCCCCCCUUUUGGAGUUUCCUUUUUUGCAAAAUAUAAAACCCCAACUUUUGCUGCCCCGCAUGCAGCCCCUGGAAACCCUCCUGAGGCUUCCCGCGUCUCUGCAGCACGUCGACAUUCCCCUCCCCCCGCACGACCAGUGGAUACUGGAGGACUAUUUUUUGACAAUUCUUCGAAACUUUUUGCCAAACAUUUCCCUUUGUGCGGAGCAGCUUUUGCGAGUGCCAGUAGACCACCCGCAGUUCGACUACGUCUUGGUGGAGUGCCUUUUCAGCGAAAUGCUGCGGCUGCCUCGCUCUCCGAUCAUCAGGGGCGCCUCGGGGGCCCCCUUUGCCUACGCCCGUCUGCUGCACCGCCUCUGCCAGCUGCAAAACCCUCUCAUUUCUGUUGUUGAGACUCUUCUUACAAGUCUUGUGCGCCGCUCUAUUGACAUGGACCACCAAACCCUUCUAACUUUGUCGGACUUUUUUGGGUACUGGUUAAAUGCCUGGGGGGGCCCCAGCAAGCUGCUGGAAGAAUGGGUUGGAGUUGGAAGGGGGCCCCCUUCCACAAAGCUCUUCAUCAAGCUGGCCCUCGAGAAGGCCAUGCGCAUCAACUACCCAGACGCACUCUGUAUGUACACCUCCAGCUAG